UUCAAGACGCCCUCUCAAAGACGCUUUACUUUCAACCCAUGGCGCUGCCCGGCUCCUCACAAGCCCAGACUUGGAGCUUGGAGCCUCCGGUUCCCACAGCCUCUUUGUCCUUGCGACCUCAGGAGCAGGAGGGUGCCGGGAGCCCCGGAGCGUCUGGGGGGCUUCCGCUGGAGAAGGUGAAGCGGCCCAUGAACGCCUUUAUGGUGUGGAGCUCUGUUCAGCGCCGCCAGAUGGCGCAGCAGAACCCCAAGAUGCACAACUCUGAGAUCUCGAAGCGUCUGGGCGCGCAGUGGAAGCUGCUGGAUGACGAAGAGAAGCGUCCCUUCGUGGAGGAGGCCAAGCGGCUACGAGCCCGUCACCUACGCGACUACCCCGACUACAAGUACAGGCCUCGGCGCAAGAGCAAGAACUCGGGCACCGGGUCUGUCCACUUCAGCCAGGGAGGAGGCGGCCUGGCCUGUGGUGGCCCGCACUGGGGGCCCGGGUACACAACUACCCAAGGGAGCAGAGGCUUUGGGUACCAGCCUCCCAACUAUUCGUCAGCCUACCUGCCUGGCAGUUACACCUCUUCCCAUUGUAGACCGGAGGCCCCCUCGUCGUGCUCCCUUCCUCAGAGUGAUUCUAGGCUCCAGGGGGAGCUAAUGCCCUCUUUUCCCACCUACUUAUCCCCAGGCUCUACCACUCCAUACAAUACUUCCCUUGCUGGUGCCCCAUGUCUGUAACCCACCUUUAACUGGCAGAGACAUCCCUUUCCAGUUC